UUAUUAACCCAUAUAUGCCUAGUGUCCUAUAUGUAGGACACUGAAACUUUUCAUUGUAACUCGAACUUUUUUUCAGUAAAAAAGCUAGCGCCACCUGACGUGUGUUUAUGAGGCCCUUCCCUCCUCACGUGCAAGUCUAGGUGAUCGCCGGGCCGCAAACCGCCACGUGCUCGCAGUUGCAAAAUUGUUGUUUCGCGUGCGUGUAGCCGAACGCCAUGUCACGAAAGAAAAUUCAUGAGAUUCCCUGCAGUUCAUUUUAUUCAAGAAAAGACCCGCAAACGCUCAACGACGUUUUGAAUCGUGUGGACGCUGGCGAAGAUGUGCCUUCAGUUGUGACCAUUCUUCCGCCCGACAAUUACGCUGCGGCUGUGACAGAUGAAGAGAGCGGUGACGAGGAAUGCACCAACAUGGACCAUCUACCAGGGAGCACUCUUCGGGCCGAAGUCGUGGACUCCUGUUCGGAGCCAAGUGACAGCGAGAACGAGGAGGAGCCGCCAUCUAAACUGAAGAAACGUCAUGUCAAGUGGGAUAAACGUGACUUGAACUCAAGCUUCCCAGUUGGUGACUCGUGUGAGCAGGAUUCCGCCGAACGAGCACCGCUAACUCCAGUAGAGGCAUUUGAAAAAUUUUUCGAUGAAGAAGUCGUCAACCUGCUUGUUGAAAGCACCAACACCUAUGCACAACAGAAGAAUAGGUCGCUGAACGUGAAUGCUGGUGAGAUGAAAUGUUUUCUCGGCAUUUUACUACUUAGUGGUUGUGUACCAGUUCCAAGGCGUCGAAUGUUGUGGGAAAACUCACGUGAUUCUCACAAUGAGCUCGUCGCGAACUCCAUGAGGCGUGACCGAUUUGAAGCCAUCUUCACAAACCUACACGUGGCUGACAACAGCAACUUAGUCCAAGAAGAUAAAUUCACAAAACUGCGACCACUGUUUAGGCUGUUGAAUGAGCGGUUCUUGUUGUAUGCUCCUUUACUUGAUUGCUUCAGCAUUGAUGAAAGCAUGUGCGAGUAUUUCGGAAAACAUGGAUGCAAGCAAUUUAUGAAAGGGAAGCCUAUCCGUUUUGGCUACAAACUGUGGUGCAUUUGCACCCCACUGGGCUACUUGCUAUCCGUUGAGCCCUAUCAAGGGAAGUACGGCGUCAACAUUGCCGAUAAGAACAAGCUCGGCCUAGGAGGAUCUGUUGUCACAGAAAUGGUCACCAGGAUGAAAGCAAAGCUCCAAUAUUGUUUUCAUGUGUUUUUCGACAACUUCUUUUCAAGUCUAAAGCUAGUUCGAACGCUUUCGACAAUGGGUGUGAAGUGCACAGGCACCGUGCGAGAUAACCGCAUAGAAAACUGCCCCAUCCUCACGCAGAAGCAAAUGAAAAACAAGGCUAGAGGCUUCUACGACUACAGAGUCGACGCCGAAUCGGAAAUUUUGGUAUGCCGUUGGAAGGACAAUAGCACGGUUACCGUGGUGUCAAAUGCGCAUGGGCUUGAACCACAGCUAAUGGUGAAAAGGUAUUCCAGAGAAAACAGAUCCACGAUCAUGGUGGAGCAGCCUUUUUUGAUUUCCAAAUACAAUGCCAACAUGGGAGGCGUUGACCGACUGGAUCAGAAUAUUUCAAAGUACCGCACUGCCAUUCGAGGAAAAAAGUGGUACUCAUCACUACUGACGUAUCUUCUUGAUGCAUGUGUGAACAAUGCAUUCCAAUUAUACAGAAGAGGAACUGACAAAACGGAGCUCCUCACUUUUCGCAGGACUGUAGCGAUAGCGUACAUGAAGAGCUAUGGCUCCAAGCCAUUGCGUGGGAGAAGCCGCCAAUCUGUGCUGGAAGCGCAAAGCCGAUUUGACCGCACUGACCACAUAGUAAUCCCUCAAGAGAGGCAAACAAGGUGCGCUCAUUGCCAUGGCAAGACCACCACACGGUGUGAAAAAUGUGACAUCGGAGUGCAUGUCAAAUGCUUCAAGUUGUACCAUUCAACUAAGUAGUGCAUCUGCCUAGUGUCCUACAUGUAGGACGGCGCAGAAACCGUUGUUCGAAGAAUUUUUUUUGUGAAUAAAAGCCUUAUUCCCGUU